GGACGCUUGUUGGUGAAGGCACCUUCCGUUUCCGGCCAGAGGAGGCCGCGCGUCUUUCCUGCGUGAGGCGGCGGGAAAGAAAGAAAAGAAGAAGGAAGGAAGGAAGGAAAGAAGGCAGGCGGAGAGGGAUCCCGAAGGAACAGAGAGGAAGGAGAGACUCCACCACCAUCAUGACGGUGGGAAAGAGCAGCAAGAUGCUGCAGCACAUCGACUACCGCAUGCGGUGCAUCCUGCAGGACGGGCGCGUCUUCAUUGGAACCUUCAAGGCCUUCGACAAGCACAUGAACCUCAUCCUCUGCGACUGCGAUGAGUUUCGAAAGAUCAAGCCCAAGAACUCCAAACAGCCGGAGCGGGAGGAGAAGCGCGUCCUGGGCCUGGUGCUGCUGCGAGGGGAGAACCUGGUCUCCAUGACGGUGGAGGGACCGCCCCCCAAAGAUACGGGCAUCGCCCGUGUGCCUCUGGCCGGGGCCGCAGGAGGGCCCGGCGUGGGCAGAGCAGCAGGGAGGGGUGUUCCCGCAGGAGCCCCCAUGCCCCAGGCCCCUGCAGGGCUGGCCGGCCCCGUACGCGGCGUCGGAGGGCCCUCCCAGCAGGUGAUGACUCCGCAGAGCCGAGGGACCGUGGCCGCAGCGGCCGCAGCAGCCACAGCCAGUAUCGCAGGGGCCCCCACUCAGUACGGCCCCGGCCGGGGGGGCCCCCCUCCUCCCAUGGGCAGGGGCACCCCACCUCCAGGGAUGAUGGGCCCCCCUCCUGGCAUGAGGCCCCCCAUGGGCCCUCCAAUGGGCAUGCCUCCAGGCCGAGGCUCACCGAUGGGAAUGCCGCCCCCCGGGAUGAGGCCGCCACCGCCAGGCAUGAGAGGCCCCCCUCCUCCCGGCAUGCGCCCCCCCAGACCCUGAGGCGGACGACAAAGGAGCCGAAGUUGAGCCAUGUUGCGGUUGUGCGUCUUCAUUUGUGGGUGGGUCGGGAGGUGGGUUGUUUGUUUGUGUGGUUUCUGUUUUUCACUGUCACGGUGCCGUUCUUAAAUAAAAGCUAGGACGUUUCCUCCUC